GAAAAACCGGGGGCCUGCGGAGGCACCAGUGCAACCCCGUGCUCCCUUGCCACCAGGCACAUGACCAGGGGCACGUCGCAUAUCGCAGGCAAUUCUUAUAAACCUCCCUAGCUCGGUCGAGCUGUCUGGUUACCGCCAUCAACACCCUUGACGCGCUGGACCACUGCCCAUCAUGCCUGUUACUGAUUUCAAGCACGCUGAUCCUUACUCUUACCAGACUGGCUUUGAUUCUUACCAUGAGACCGAAGCUAUCAAGGGAGCUCUCCCUGUAGGACAGAACUCGCCACAGAAGGCUCCCUAUGGGCUUUAUACCGAGAAGCUUUCGGGAACUGCGUUCACCGCCCCUCGACAUGAGAAUAGGCAGACUUGGGUGUACAGGAUCCUCCCCGCGGCCGCUCAUGAGAAUUUCGUGGCCGAGGAUGGCGACUCCUACCACACCCAUAUGACAACAGAAACUCAGAAGCUUCACCACAUCCCUAACCAGCUGCGAUGGGAUCCAUUCGAUCUAGAUGAGACUGUUGACUGGGUUCAUGGUCUUCACCUUGUCGCUGGUUCCGGGGACCCCACUCUCAAGCAUGGUCUGGGGAUACUCUUGUACGCAGCGGGAAAGGACAUGGGAAAGGAAGCCUUCUACUCCGCUGAUGGUGAUUUCUUGAUUGUGCCCCAACACGGUGUGCUGGACAUUCAAACUGAACUGGGACGCCUCCUGGUUCGCCCGAACGAAAUCUGCGUAAUUCCUCGUGGUGUGAGGUACCGUGUGACUCUUCCUGCAGGACCAGUGAGAGGAUACAUCUGUGAGCUUUACCAGGGCCACUAUCAGCUUCCCGAACUGGGCCCUAUCGGAUCCAACUGUCUUGCCAACAUUCGAGACUUCCAGACCCCGGUGGCUUCCUUUGACGACGAGGAAGAGCCAUCGGAAUAUCGUUUGUACAGCAAGUUCAACAACACCCUCUUCUCCGCACGCCAGAGACACACUCCCUUUGACAUCGUUGCCUGGCACGGAAACUACUACCCAUACAAGUACGACUUGGGUCGCUUCAACACGAUCGGCUCGAUUUCCUACGACCAUCCCGACCCGUCCAUCUUCACCGUCCUCACCGGCCCGUCUGACCACACAGGCACGGCCAUUGCCGACUUUGUCAUUUUCCCGCCCCGCUGGCUGGUGGCGGAGAAGACCUUCCGCCCGCCAUGGUAUCACCGCAACACCAUGUCGGAAUUUAUGGGGUUAAUCUGUGGUGGUUAUGAUGCCAAGACUGGCGGAGGGUUCCAGCCGGCGGGUGCCAGUCUGCACAAUGUCAUGAGUGCCCACGGGCCGGACAAGAAUGCCUUUGAAGGUGCCAGCAAUGCCGAGUUGAAGCCGCAGAAGGUCGGAGAGGGAAGCAUGGCCUUUAUGUUCGAGAGCUGCCUGAUGGUUGGAGUGUCCGAAUGGGGCCUGAAGACCUGCAAGAAGGUGCAAGGGGAGUACAACGCCCACAGCUGGCAACCCCUGCAGAGGCACUUCAAGAACCCGAACAAGUCAGUGGAUGUGGACACGAUGUGCCAGGACGACCACUAGGGCACAGAAUGAUCAAGUCACGAAGAAGGUAAACAUCCAAAUACCAGCGUAGUCAUGUAUUCAACCAUAGUAAUCCAAUUCCAACGUCUCUAUUUCUCAUAAUGGGUAUGAAACUUAAAACCAGAUGCAACCAAACUCUAAAGCCAUGCUUCCCCUCGAUAAACUUCCUUCAAAUCCGCACCGCACUCUCCCCCACCACUUCUUUCCUCAACGCCUCCUUCACAAUCGCCCCACACAUCUUCGCAAACGGAUUUGUCUGCACCGCCAACUGCUGCGCAACCUUAUUCCCAUACUUUCCUCCAAAGAAGAAAUCCCGACUCGCCAUAUCCUCCAACUGGCCGGGCUCCACUCCACGCAAUCGA